AGAAGAGAGUGCUGCUCUUACUCGGCUCCUCCCAGGAAGGAGUCAGGUGCAGGACCGCCUUUUGGUGCCUGGGCUUCAACGCUCCGGCUCGUUUCCUGCUGCUGUUUCUUCGAUCUGCUUUUGGGAAGUCUCAUCUAUCCGAGUCAACUUGGUCUGAGACGCCUCUCACAAUUCUCAAUAUCAGAUGAGCCCAGUGUCAUUUCUUGUGGGUUAUGCCAGGAAGUGUCAGCCAUCAUGUCUCCCGGGUGAGGACUCUGUACAGGAAGAUCCUUCAGCUGCACAGGGCUUUGCCACUGGAGCUGAAGGCUCUGGGAGAUCAGUAUGUGAAAGACGAAUUCCGGAGACACAAGUCAGUUGGUCCUGAAGAGGCCCAGAAAUUUCUGCAGGAGUGGGAGAACUAUGCAGCUGUGCUGUGGGAGCAAGCUGGCCAACAUACGCAGAGUUCAUCUGGUCGGCCUCGCUUUGGGUCCCACCUUUCAGAGGAGAAACUGCAUGCCCUUCGAGACGAACAAGUUGGACAGCUAAAGGAACUAAUGGACGAAGCUACCAAACCCAAAAGACAGUUUGAUAUUUUGGAUGAUAAAGAAGACAAAACCUAAAAUACUCCUCUAAAUGCCAUUAAAAGUUUUAUUUUAUGGUGCUUCUUAUGGCUCUACUUUGGAAGACAGGCUCACUGUCAGAAGACUGAAUAAAUGACGCUGAUGUACGCUCUUUCUGUUUUGUUUCAUCCUCCAGGGAUAUGCACGAUGAAUAUUUAGAAACAGAUAUGGUCCCAUUUAUAUUAAUUAUGGCCUACGCAUGUGCUUAGAAUAACUGAGUAGAUGAUAUUUCUGAAAAAUUUGACUGUCUUAAAUUUGUCUCAUGCUGGAGGGAAGGGGGCAGGGCUUUACCAUAUAUUCGUGUAUGCGCUGACAAGUUGAGGGCGGACUUAGGGGCCAAAAUUGUGGGUUUUGAUAUGGCCUGUGGAUAAGUCAAGAUUCAAUCUACACUUAUACAUGAGAAUAAAAAGUACAUGAAACA